UCACUACAUUUGCAACACCUUUGGGUAGAUACAGGUUUUUGAGGCUUCCUUUUGGCAUAAACACUGCGGCUGAGGUUUUCCAAAGAAAAAAUAAUAUAAUUUUUGGGGCCAUAUUGGGUAACAAAGUUUUUAUCGAUGAUUUAAUUAUCUCAGGAACUACAGAACAUGAGCAUGAUGAAAUAUUAGAUAAAGUUUUAAAUACAGCUAGAAUAAAUGGUAUAACUUUUAACAGAGAAAAAUUUCAAUUUAAAAGAAAAGAAGUUAAAAUUCUGGGUUUUAAAGUUUCAGAAAAAGGAAUAGAAAUAGAUCCUGGUAGGAUUGAAGCAAUUCUAAAACUAGAAGAUCCUAAAAAUAAAAAGGAACUUCUAAGAUUUUUAGGUUUAGUAAAAUACUAAAGCUAAGUUUAUACCUAAUUUAUCACAAAUAACAGCUCCACUAAGAAAUUUGACUUGUUCUAACGUUGUUUGGAAUUGGGAAAAAAGUCACUCAGAAAGUGUUCAAACAUUAAAAAAUUUAUUAACCUCGCCCCCAUGUUUAGUACAUUACAAUGCUAAUGAACCUUUAACAAUUCAAUGUGAUGCUUCUUCAGAGGGAAUGGGUGCAUGUUUGUUACAAAAGGGACAGCCUAUUGCAUUUGCAAGUCGAGCUUUGACGGACUGUGAAAAGAGAUAUGCAUGUAUAGAAAGGGAAAUGUCUGCAAUAUUAUUUGCGGCUGAAAGGUAUAAUUUUUAUAUAUAUGGAAAAAAAUUAACGUUCACACAGAUCAUAAACCCCUGGUAAAUAUUUUUAAAAAAGAUAUUAAUAAGAUUUCAAGCAGAUUGCAAAGAAUGUGUCUUAGACUUAUGAAAUAUCAGUUAGAAGUUUCCUAUUUACCUGGUAAACAAAUGUUUAUAGCUGAUAUGCUUUCUAGGGCUUUUUUGAAGGGGCCAGUAAAAAAUGAUACAGAAAAUAAUUUUAUUGUACACAAUAUUGACAAGAAAAUACCUAUGAGUGCGAAUAAAAUAUCAGAAAUUGUAGGUGAAACAAAUAAUGAUACAACUCUAGCAUUAGUAAAAAAAUUUAUUGUACAAGGUUGGCCAAAAAAUAAUAAGAGUUUAUCUCCAGAGCUUAAAAAUUUAUUUCAAAUAAGAAGCGAACUUUCUAUUGAAAAUGAUCUGAUAUUAUUUGGUGAUAGAGUUGUCAUCACAAAAAACCUUAGAAUUUUAAUGUUGUCUAAAUUACAUGAAGGACACUUAGGCAUAAAUAAAUGUAGAGCAAGGGCUAGGGAAAGUAUUUUUUGGCCAAAUAUUAGUAAUGAUAUUAACAAUUUUAUUUUAAAUUGUGAGGUUUGCCUUAAAUUCAGGAAUAACAAUCCGAAAUUGCCUCUUUUACAGCACAAUAUUCCAGAAAGACCUUGGCAAGAAAUUGCCAUGGAUAUUUGUGAGUUUCAAGGAAAUUUUUUUUUGGUAGUUAUAGACUAUUUUUCGAGAUGGAUUGAAUUAAAAGACAUAAAAAAUAAGGAUUCUGUUGAGGUAGUGAAAGCAUUGAAGAAUAUUUUUUCUGUGCAUGGAUUUCCAGAAACAAUAAUUUCUGAUAACAAUCCUUUUAAUUCAUUUUAUUUUAAAAACUUUUUGAACGAAAUUAAUAUAUCAUUAAAAACAUCUAUCCAAGAAGCAAUGGUUUAGCUGAGAAGGCCGUUGGCAUUUGCAAAAAUAUGCUAAAAAAAUGUAAUUAUGAAAGAGGCACUUUAGAUUUUUAUCUUUUGAAGUAUAGAAAUACGCCAAUUCCUGAUAUAGGUCUAUCACCAGCACAAAUGAUAUUCAAUCGUCGUUUAAAAGAUAGUUUACCCUGUGUGGAUUCCUUGCUUGAACCUACAUUAGCUGUUAAGAGUAAAUUAAUGAAAAAGUUUGAAAUCAGGCGACAAAAACAAAAAAAGUAUUAUGAUAAACAUUCAAAAAAUUUGGCAGAGGGAAAAACUAAUGACAGAGUUAUGUUUAAAAAUAAGAAAUCUUUGGAAAAAGGGACGAUAGUCGAUGAUACGAUUUAUCCUAGGUCACAUAUCAUUAAGGAUGGGUAUGGAAAUUUUUAUAGGCGUAACAGGCAACAUUUAAUUAUAAAAGAUGAAUCUUUUGUUAAUGAUCCUCCUCCAAAGGAAGACUCUGAUAAAUUUGUACGUGAACCUUA